CAUCCACGCGAUCAGACGACGGCUUGUGCGUGCAGUCAGAACCACGCGAUUAAUCGCCAAACUGCCGCCGAAAGAAGUGCAGAAACAGUUGCCUUUCAGUGUCCGAUAGCAUCAAUAAUUAAACAUCGGGAAAUGGCGGGGUUUUUUUACCUUGUGUCUAUCUAGCCUUAAUGCGUGCUUUAUUUACGUGAUUAAGGGGUUUUACAUACGAUAAUAUGUUCAACGUUGUGUACCUUAGACAGAUAAUGUUCGAGACCAUCGAUUUUUGUGAAUGCGAAAGAUCCAAAUGAAUUUGAAAAAAAACAAACACACCCAAAAGCUGAAAAAAGCAUUUCCCAAACUGAUGUCUGUAAAGCUGUGAUUGUAGAUGUGCUGAUCGAUGGAACAUAUUUGGCUCCUGAAGAUCAAGGAGUGAGCAACAGUGGCCACUUUCACUGAUGUGUCAAGUCUAGUGCACUCAGUCUAAUUUUCACGUUUCAAGAAAACCGUUACAUUCUUCUUGUCCUCACUCCAGGAAAUUGCAUUAAAAACUUUCGUCAAACCGAAUAUGAUACUGAGCCAAGUAUCCAGAGCCCAAAAUCUGUUGAACCAACAGCAGCUGCAACAACAACAGCAGCAGCAACAACAGCAGCAGCAACAACAGCAGCAGCAGCAGGAGAACUAGUUUCUUUCGGGACAGAGAGAAGUGGUCAGUUGGCUCAAGAUGGUCAAAUUAGCGGACCCUCUGGUGCGCUGCUGUGAUCUGACGCACGGUGUGCCGGCUGCUGUCUUCUGUAUACUGCUCUUUAUGCUUCAGGCAGCUGUUAUGGACUACUACCUGAUUUAUCAUCUAAAUAGUUUUCAUCUGUUGUGGACUGCGGCUGACCUCCUGAACUUAGUCUUGCUCAUCGCUUGCGUCUACCUGUCAAACGUUUCCCUGGAGAGGCAGAAAGUGGACGAGCACGCCACUUACUUCAGCAUCGCCUGGGUGUCGUGGCUGCUCAUCAACGGUGUGUUAUCUGCGAAAACUAUCGUGAUUUUCGUGGCGACGGGCGACGAGAUCGAGGAGGAGGAGCCUACGUUUUUUGGCCCCAACACCAUGAAGACGACGAUAGCGUUGAGCAGUUGCAUCUUCUUGUUGCUGCUCACAACACAGCAUGAUGCCCCCCUCGGGAGUGACCGGCGCCGGUACAUCGAAGAGCUCACUGGGACGGUUGUGUUUGAUCUCCUGGACACUGUGGAUAUUCUGGAGAUUCUUUUCGACAAGGAGACUGUAUACAUCAUGUGGCAGGGGCUCGAAGAAGGCGUUUUUGUUGUGGCAGCAUUUAAUUUGAUCAUUCCUGCCCUUCCUCUUUUUACUCUCAGUUGGACAAAAUUCGGGAGAGAUAAACUCAGGAAGAAAAUGGUUUAUAUUCACCGACUUCUAGUGGUUUUAAUGGUUAACGUUCCGAAUCUACUGGUGAGAAUGAUUCUGUGGCAUGGCUUCAGUGUUGGAAUCACUGCUUUCAGUCUGAAAAACGUAAUUCUUAUUUCUCUGACUCUUUACGAGUUUUAUGAGCACAAGAAAGAAAAGUUCCACUUGCAUAAAAGAAAAGAUUUACACAUGGCCGAGUUGGGGGGCAAAGGUCACGCAAACAAAGGAUUUGGCGAUGGUAAGACUCAACGCCACAAAGGGAACGAGGCGGGGAAUAUCUGGGGGGUUGCUGAAGAAAAUAAGUCUGUAGAUGAAACAGAUGAGAGUUUUGCCAUUGAGAGUAGAGUAAUUGAUUUCAUUUGAGUAAGAAUACAUAUCGUAAAACUUGGAAGUUAUACAUGCUUUUGGGAAAAUGGUUUACACAAUAGAGGAUGAACCAAUAAUAUAAAAA